GGAGAUAGGGGCCACUUUCGGAAACGUGUUAGUUUUUCCACAGCUGUUAUUUUUUCGUUUGCUACGUUUCCUUUGCCUCGAACAUGGCACUCUACUCUCGAUUUGUGAUCGUGCUGCUUUACGGAUGGAGUUAUUUGUGUGUUGGAUUGUGCGCGAUGCUGAAAACGGACAAUAUCCCCGAGAGACGAAAGGUGGAUUUUACGCAUUCGGUGGAUAAAAAAUACGCGACAAAAGAGGACCGGGAUGCGCUUUUACAGGAUACGAUGACGGAGCACAUGCAGAUGCUUUACGCGAAGUACAACAGCGCUGGAUUUCCCUUCAAGGACGGCAACACUGUUCGUAGUUUCAAAGCGCAUUGGGGUACUAUAAACAAGAAACAGCUGCAGAUUUUCAACCUCACCUCCCUCACCAAAUCAGAAGACAUCCUGUCAGCUACUCUUCAUUAUUACAUUGGAGACCUUCAGAACAGCACCCAGGGCUGCUCCAGGUCCAAAAGCUGCGCUCGCCAUGGUCCCAGGAGGCACAGCCACAUCCACAUGGUCAUCUGGAGCUUUGCAUCUGUGGAUAACAAGAUGAGGACUCUCGGACAUUUUCGGAUCAAUGUGUCCACCCUCUACAGGGAUUUCAUAUCUUGGCAGUGGAAGGACAUAACUCGUGUGGUCAACCAGGCCAAACACCACGAUGAGCUGCUUAUUGGGAUUGAAGUGGCUUCACAAGGUUCCCAGCCGUGGAAGAAGCUCCUGUCAGACCGCUCACCCUACAUCCUGGUCUAUGCCAAUGACUCUGCCAUUUCAGAGCCUGAAAGUGUGGUAGCCACUCUCCAGAGGCCCCACUCAGUGAGAGGUGAGGGCUCCAUUUCACAUGGCUUCCAUAAACUGGGACUACAAGAGCAAAACGACACCGAAGGACAGCCGCAGGCCAGACACAGGCGCUCAGUGAAUGUUCUCCUACCUUUGCAAAAUAAUGAACUUCCUGGUCCCGAGUAUCCAUAUGAGACGACCGGCUGGGACGAGACAACUCCCUACGAACCAUUUGAAAACAAACAGGCACGCCGGCCGCGUAAAAAGACACGCAAGAAUCAGCGGCAUAAGAUGCCCUUGCUACAGUUUGAUGAGCAGACGAUUAAAAAGGCGCGAAAGAAGCAGUGGAACGAGCCCAGGAACUGUGCUCGGAGAUACCUGAAAGUUGACUUUGCCGACAUUGGAUGGAGCGAAUGGAUUAUAUCGCCCAAGUCGUUUGAUGCCUACUAUUGCUCAGGGUCCUGCCAGUUCCCCAUGCCAAAGGCUCUGAAGCCAUCUAACCAUGCCACCAUCCAGAGCAUAGUGCGGGCGGUGGGCGUCGUCCCAGGCAUCCCCGAGCCGUGCUGUGUCCCCGAGAAAAUGUCUUCCCUCAGCAUCCUUUUCUUUGACGAGGACAAGAAUGUGGUGCUGAAAGUCUACCCCAACAUGACAGUAGAUUCCUGCGCCUGUAGAUAG